CUUGAAGUAAUCAAGCAGUAAGAGUAUUUAGUGCGCGAUUAUAAAAAAUAUAAUUUUUUAUAUAUUUCUACAAUAAUACUUUGUGAAUUAGUCUAUUGGAACAUUGAUACCAUUUUUGUUUGACAUUGGUUUUUACAUGAAUGUUAUAUCACGUGUAAGCAGGCUUAGUAAAAAAGUAUACUAUUGAAAAAAAUUUUGAGAAUGGAUCCAUCUUGUGAUAAGCAAACAUCCAAACACCAAAUUGCUUUACGAGGGCAGCAUUUAUUAGAAUCUGGAGAAUUGGUUGAUUGUAAAUUUAUUGUCGGUCAAAAACCUCAACAAGAAGUCAUUGAGGGCCACAAACUUUUGUUAGCCAUGGCUAGUCCAGUUUUCAAAGCAAUGUUCUAUGGAAGUAUACCAGAAACAGCUAAUUCAAUUCCAAUUCCUGAUGUUCAUCCGGAAACAUUCAAAACUCUGCUAAAAUACAUUUAUACAGAUAAGGUCGAGUUGAAAUCCUUCGAAUUAACUUAUAAACUAAUUUAUUGUAGUGAAAAAUAUAUGCUGCAAUAUUUAGUAGAACAAUGUGUAACGUAUCUAAGCUCUCAUCUUUCUCCACACAACGUGUGCGAGGCUUAUGAAUUAGCAAAGCUUUAUAAAUAUGUUGAUUUAGAAACAGAAUGUUUGAACAUGUUAUGCAAUAGGACAAGUGAAGUUUUAAAAGAACCUAGUUGGGAAGAAGUAGAAUUAGAUACAUUAUUAACAAUAUUUAAACAAAAUGACCUAAAUAUUGUAUCAGAAAUCGAAUUAUUAGCUGCUGCAGAGCGAUGGGCAAAAGCUGAAUGUAAGAGGAAAUCAUACUCAUCGAAUACUCUAUGUCUAAGAAAAGUACUAGGAAAUGCGCUAUCAGAAAUUAGAUUCAUGACUUUAACUCCGGAGAUAUUCGCUAAAGGAAUUGAAUCAUCAUUAUUAUUAAGAAGAGAUGAAGCUUUUGCAAUUUUUAUGAAUAUUUCUAUGCCUAAAAGGAACACCAAUAUUACUAUGCCUAAAAAUUUUUCUACUCGAUUACAUGGAAGAAAUCAGUCUAGAAUUUAUCGGCAUUAAAUGUAUAGAUUUCUCAGUGCUUAUAAUAAUAAUUAUCACGAUUUUAUUAUAAUUAUCUAUAUUUAAAUUUAAAGAAUUCAAAUUCAGCACCACAACAAAUUGCAUCUGGUUUGCCAAUCCGGACGACUUGAAAAAAUAUUUCGUGACUUUUAAUUAUGAGUGGGGCCACUUUUAUUUACAUCCUUUGGCAGCCUUGAUGUAAUCAGUAAAAGUAUUUAGUGCGCGAUUAUAAAAAAUACAAUUUUUUAUAUUUCUAGAAUAAUACUUUGUGAACUAAUAUAUUGGAAUGUUUGAUACAAUUUUUUUUUUAUAUUUGUUUGUACAUCAAUGCAUGUAUUACCACUUGAAGAAUAAAAUAAACAAGAAAAUAACGUAGAAAUAAUAAUUUCUAACCUCUACAGGUUAUAUCACGUGUAAGCAGGCUUAGUAAAAAAGUAUACUAUUGAAAAAAAUUUUGAGAAUGGAUCCAUCUUGUGAUAAGCAAACAUCCAAACACCAAAUUGCUUUACGAGGGCAGCACGAGAUAUUUGCUAAAGGAAUUGAAUCAUCUUUAUUAUUAACAGAGAGUGAAGCUUUUGCAAUUUUUAUGAAUAUAUGUUCUAAAAACACAAAGGUUCCUGUGCCAAUUUUUUUUACAAAUAAUAAUUCUUCUAAAACGCCAACGAAUGAAAGAAAGGACAUGAGCUAAUGUCUUUCAAAUUUAUCUAUAUAUUAGGAAAGGCUUAAAAAGGAUUCUAAGUGUCAAUCAGAGAUAAAAAUUAUUUGAACAUAUUUAACAAUAACAAAAUGUCAAAUCAAAUUUCUCUUCAAUGAAUAAUUUUUUAAAAAAUAUUUCACAGCAGCUAUCAACGGAAAUUCAACUUGAAAUUUCACAAAUAAAUGACUAUUUUAUUAGCCCCUUAGGGCAUGAUUUUUUUUGUUGUGUACAUAAGAUAUCCACAAUAUCAAGGACUUUAGGAUAAAGAUGAGGAUACUAAAGAACGAAACACCAAAAUAAAAUUCAAGAUUUCAUGCAUUAAAAUUCCCUCAGGCGAAUAUUUUUGUCAAGGAAGGAAGGUUUCAGUGACAAGUGAACGAAAUUAACGGACAUAAUCUGAAGAUGAAGAACUGAAAGGUGGUUAAAUGGAUAAUAGGGGUGCUGAAAGGCAUAAUGGUCUGAACCGGCUUUAUUUUAAGAUGGAACGAUACACCCAAUUAAGAUAUCGAUUAGAUUGUGGGUUGGUCCAAAAAUUAUUUUGCAAAAUAAAAGAAAAUGAAAGAUAAAGUGACCAGUGGUGAACAUCUUGGACCAUCAUCAGUCUCCAAUUUUAAUGAAUACACUUCCCGUCAAUACUUAAUCGACUAUUUAUAUUACCACAAUUAGAAUUCUCAUUAAUUUUUGCUCAUUAUUUUGAUACGCAGAUAUGUAUAUUUUUUCUUUGUUAGCAGGUUUUAAUGAUUCAAGUAAAAUUUAAUAUAAUAGACUAGAUUGUGGGAGAUGAAAUUCAUGGGUGGAUAAAUGGUGUAAGGAUCGAUUCUGGUUUCGAAUCUGCUUCGGCUACGCCUUGUCGUAAAUGUAGCCAAUCAUAUCUAUCACAUAAUACAGAUAAAUUAUGUAUCACAAUGAUUCACUGAGAAUGUUGGCUAUUAAUAUAUUGAGAUGUAAGUCAUUGUAUAAAUGCUAGGACUCGAAAUCGAAAUCUAAGCUUGAUUAUUUGACUAAAUGGAAUUUUUAUUGCUUUCGCUUUUAAUAAAUUCUAGUUGUAUCCAUUUGUUCGCUCUAUAAAAUAAUAUUUCCAUAGAGUAAUCUUUGUUUUCUUUGUAACUUUUUUGUUUCUUUCGAAUGAUCAAGGCAGGCAUAAACGACUUUGUAACCAAUUUUGAUCGUUAAGCUUUUCAUAAAUUUAAAUUGGAUGAUUUAGGGAAUCUACU